AUGGCGCCGGUAAUACUUCCAGUUCCGGCGCCCGAAAGACGUCAUGACGCAGGAAGCCGCCCGGCAGUGGAUGAUGACGUAAGCAGAAGAUGUCAUGACACAACGAAGCCGCCGGACGAUGACGACAAAAGCGGAAGACACAGAGGACGCCGGAAAAGGGCGCCAAAUAUUGAGGAUAUAAAGAAGAAUACUGGAGAUGAAGAAAUUAGACCACUUGAGAAAGGCUUUGAGUGCCGAAACGCGUCGUGGUAUAUAUCUUAA